CAAUCCGUUUUGUCUGUGGUUUUAUCGCACGGCGCAUUGACAAAGAGGAGCAGAAUGAUUUUGUGCAGCAACUUGAACAGACAUGAAUUUCAACAUGGCUCAGCUGCCUGACAUGAGCGUCGCUCGGCGCCCUAAAACUCGGCGUUGUAGGAAGUAACUGUAACUGUACACUUGGAGGGUCCAGGAUGCCGAAGGAACAGCCUUGCUUGGGUGAGCACAGUAUUUGUGCUGCAUCCAGCAAGAAUGCUAAAGAUAAGAGCAACAGUACGACUCUGCUGGCAAUGCGCAAUACUAAAGAGGUGGACAACGCCAGUGGACAGGGCUCCCGCUGCAGCUCAGAAAAAGACUCUGGCUUCUCUGAUGGCUCAGACUGGCAGCAGACAGACGUGGAGGACCAGCGGAGCAAUAACAGUCAAUCCAGGGGCAGCGAACAUGUCAAAACCUCACAGCCAGGUAAAAACGAGAAGAAUCCUGGGAAUCCUCCCCUGAUGCCGGCAGGCGGUGAACUCUCACCCAUCUACAUCAUCAACAACACGGUGCUUAUGCAGCCGGACAUGAUCCAGAAAAGAUGUCAGCUGCCCCAGAAAAAUGGAAGCUUGGAGACUGGUGGUUCUGGUGACGCCCACAUGAUCCUUUUACAGCAGCCUAGCUUGUUUCUGGCCACCCUCCAGCUCCACAAGCCCUCAUCUAAGAAGUCCAACACCGCAGGCAAAAUAAAUGGCACUUACCUACCAAUUCUCAACUCCUACCCCCGCAUUGCGCCACACCCCAGCAAGAAGCCGCCCGAUAAAUCUUCAUCGAACGAUGAAUCCAAGAAUCUGAGCAAGAGGGUGUGUACAGAACGCAAGAAUGAUGAAACGCCUGUGACAAGGAGCCUAUCUGAGCAGCACCUUUAUAAGCAACCCAAGUUAGCAGCCUUGUCGUACUCUGCCAGGCCAUGUGCCUCUUCAAACAGCGAUAGUCUCUCCUCCUGCAGUCUCACUACUGUCUCCUCGAGCCAGGGUUUGCCAUCUGGGUCCAAUCUGUGCUCCACCUCCUCCUUCCUCUCAAGCAGAGGACUUCACAGAAACAGCAGCACCAGUACUCGCCACCGCCGUUUCCUCAACACAGUACAAGUCCUCAGACAAUCAGGUCUGUUGGACAUCACACUGCGUACAAAGGAGCUGCUGCGGCAGAACAACACCACCGAGCAGGACAUUGCCCAACUGCGGCAGCACACAGAGUUACUGUGCCAGGCUGCCAGCAACCCCAGCUUCAGCCUGAAUGGCAUCCCAGCCUGGGAGCACCUACGCCGCUCUAUGGCAGAGUCUGGCAGCUACCCCAGCCUUACAAAUUCACAAAUCCCACAUCAUCCGGAUUCUGCUAGUAAACCAGACAGUAUUUCCACAGGACAUUUCCCACCAGCUGCAGAGGACUCAGAGGUGCUGCCGUCUCACUCGGUCAUCCCGGACCCCAACCAGAACUGUCCUGUGCCAGAGCAGUCCCACUCAGGACAAGGCAGGGAGCUCCAGGCCGGUUCUAAAUCUUCAGAGAAAGUCGCCUUUAUGCCUCCAGAUAGUUCUACUGGUUAGCUUCAUCUGCAGUGCCUUCAAAGGGAGAGCAAGUACUCAGGACUAACCAGUGGAGACCCAUUAGGUCUUUUUGGAUAUAAUGUGUGGUUAUAAUAGUUUAUCCCUGGUGAUUUAAACCUUGUUUGACAGAGAUAAUAUCUCUGCAGGUCAAUGGUAAUCCAACAAUGGCUCCAGUUUAGUACUUGUUGUACAUGUUGCAGUAUAGGCUUUGUUUUGAGCUGCCCAAUGUGCUUCACCAGCAUGAAGUGCUCGACGUCUUGGAAGCUGAUCCCUCAUUAUUGCACUUGAGGGCAGUUAAAUCCCGAGGCACCAUCUUGUAUCACCUGUACAGACUUUACGAAACCACACAGAGGAGUGGAGGGUCUCUGUUUAUGAGCCACUUAAAGCAUUAGGUGAAAAUGAUAUGUUUCCCCCAGAGGCAGAGGAAGUUGGCUUGCACACAGGUGAUGGCAACAACAGUAUAUGUUAUCAGUUCAGUUGGUCGUUACGCCGUCACAUCAGACCAGCUUCGUUCAGGGAAGUGAUGGACUAUCUCCUUGCAUGUCAAUGCGGAGAAAAUGAUUUCUUAUAACCCGCUGUUGUCGAGAGAGACUGAGGGUCCAAACAUGGCGGUGUAGUGGAUAGCUGUUCUACAAAAAUGUCACUUUAAGGAAACAGCACUAGAGGUACAUCUGGGUGCUAAUUGUCAGUUUCUCUGUAACAUCACAAAGUGCUCUACACUGGACUCCAGCAAGGACGUCUAUCUAGAUGCUUUUCAGGAAACAACUUGAUAUUUUUUGCAUCACCAGGGCCCAUCGUCGUCACAGGUCAUCAUGCUGAUUUAUUUCUUUCAAAUCGUUCUUCAUUUUAUAAAUGCAGCACUUCAACCACAGACUGUAUGAUUUCAACACAGCAUCUCUUAAGAGUUAUCCCAUUUCUUGUUGUCCACUUUCACUUUGAUAUUCUUGUUUUGCACUACGCCUCUAACGGUGGUCAUCUGUUUGCGUCAUGAGUCUGAGAGAGUUUGACAGUGUUUAAGUAUAGAGGUGUGUUGACGAAGUGGUGACAUGCAUGUAUUUUUUCUGUUCCUUUGUGCUUGUGCUUAUGACAGACAGCACUGCCAGCAAUGAACACAUAUCUGAAAUUUCAAGUGGUUUAUGUAUUUGUCAUGAUUUUUAAAGUAUUUAAAUAAAGUGAUACAUGAAGAAGA